CAUCAGUUUAGGAAGAGCGAGCGGGCAAGGAUGCAGCAAAACCGGACUUUUACCCAGGGGACUGCUUAGAGAGCAGUUGUAUUAUAAUUUUUUUUUUCUUUUGGAUGGACAAUCACAUCCACGCAUAAUCGUGUUAGGAUAUGUGAGGGUUGCAGAGGAAAGGCACGCAGCCAGAUGAGCAGAGCUAAGAGGAUUUAAUGCAGCUGGACACGAGCCACGCUGAGUUAAGAAGAAGAUUAUAUUGUUUUAAUCAAAUGCAGAGAAGUUUUUAUUGCUGGUCACUUUGAGUUCGGACUGUCGAGGAGCAAUGUUUGUUUUCAGCAUCCGAUAACUAAACUAUAAGGAUGCUCACCGCACAGAGAUGCAUGCGUCCAACUCUACAGUAAAAAGCGUGACAGGUUUUGUGUUUUUAGGAAUACUGACUCGAGACCUUGCCACGAGUGGACCUGAUCUUUACUAAGCCAGAUCUGGACUCAAAAAAACACAUGAAGAUGUGCCAGUGUUACUCUGCCCUGCUUAUGCUCUGCUUACACAUGGUGACAUGUGGAGCGGAGCUCAGAGCAGCUGUGUCUCCUCUGGGUUGGGGAGAGAGUGAUAAGGAGGAAAGUGUCUCUCCUUACAGCUCUCGUUCGGGGAUUCUCAAAUCCCUGCGGCUUUUCUCCCACCCGUCCCAAUCUAACAGCCAGAGCCGUGAAACUGCUCAGGACCCUGGGGCACUGGAUCUGUGGGCUUGGUUAUCCAACCACACUGAUAGCGAAGUAACCCUCUCAAGGGCCAAACGUCGUCCCUAUGUGAAAACGGGCAAGUUUAAGAAGAUGUUCGGCUGGGGCGACUUCCAUUCGAACAUCAAAACGAUCAAGCUAAACCUUCUCAUUACCGGGAAAAUUGUGGACCACGGCAACGGCACCUUCAGCGUUUAUUUCCGCCACAAUUCCACCGGCAUGGGCAACGUGUCCGUCAGCCUGGUCCCGCCCUCCAAGGCUGUCGAUUUUGAGAUCACUCAACAGGAAACCAUAGAGGUGCCCAAAGACAAUAAGGCCUUCAACUGUCGAGUGGAAUAUGAGAAGACGGACCGCAGCAAGAGGACGUCCGUUUGCAGCGACUUCCCAAACAGGGUAUGUUUCCAGGAACAGACCCAAAGCCAUGUGUCUUGGCUUUGCUCCAAGCCCUUCAAGGUCAUCUGCAUCUACAUUGACUUCUUCAGUGCAGACUACAAGCUAGUACAGAAGGUCUGCCCAGACUACAACUACCACAGUGACACUCCCUAUACCUCUGUGGGAUAGCACAACCUAGAUUGGGAUGUGUUGAGGUAACUAAGGUGUCAUCUUGUUGUUACAACCUCUCUAGCCUGUAGUUUCCACGUUCUGUUCCACAAAGAACCGGAAGCAAGGUCAGAUGAGGAACCAGUCUUUUGAAUCUAUCGUGCUUGUCCUACUAGGGCAGUUGAUGACAGGAAUAGUUCACCCAAAAAAUAACGAGUUUAUUUCUGUCAUCAUUUUUCGCAGAAGAAACUCAAAACUGUUAAAUUGAUUUGGAACAACAUGAGGGUGAACAAAUGACAGGAUUUUAUUUUUUGGAUGAACCCAAGCUUAAGCCUGAAGGCUCAUUCAUAUGGUUCACACUUAGCUUCAACAAGACCAACACAUCUAUGGUUUCCACAGUGACCCUUGACCCUUUCUCAGUGCUCUUGUGAUGUCAUCAGUGUGACGUUUUAAAACAUCCAAAUUUCCCAAUCAGUGUAAGCUGGGAUUUGGAAAACAAGUAAAAGUAAAACAUCUUGUAUUGCAGCCAUUUGUGAUGUUGCAACCCUCCUUUUCAUGCCAACGUAUUUUUGUGUUCACAGAAACAUUGUCAGUAACUAAGAUUAAUGUUGAAGCCAUAAUGUGCUCCUCAGUUCUUUUGUAUUUUGUUUCUAUUAAAGAAAA